UCUCACACAGGCACACACUUUCUAAAAGUCAGUGCACGAGAGGGAUCCCCACAGAACCCAGUCUCUUAGGAGGGACAGAUCAGAGACCCUGACAAGAUGGAUGGACUGGAUAACUUGGUGGCCAACACAGCCUACCUAAAGGCCCAGGGAGGCGAUGACAAGGAGAUGAAAAAGCGCCGCCGCAGCUUGAGUCUCCCCAGCCCUGACCAAUGUGCUGUAGUCCGAAAUUCCAUCGAGAAGGACUUUGAAUUACUUUGUGAGAAGCAACCUAUUGGCAAAAGGUUUUUUCGUCAGUUCCUGUCAGAAAGGCCUGAGUACGCAAAUGCAGCUGAGUUCCUGGAUGAGCUUUACGAAUGGGAUCUGGCUGAAGGCACAACAAAAGACAAAGCCCGACAGAACAUCAUCAACAAGUACUGCAAGGCCGACUCCAAGACCUUCUUGCACUUUCUAGAUGAGGCCACUGCCGACAAACUCAAAGCGGUGACGGACAGCAACUUUGAGGAGGUGAUGAAAGGCACAGUCCAGGAAGGUACAAGAAAUUAUCUGAAAGGAAAACCCUUCACAGAUUACCAGGCAAGCGCCUUCUUUGACAAGUUCCUCCAAUGGAAGGAGUACGAGAGACAGCCCAUCAGUGACAAAUACUUCUAUGAGUUCAGAACUCUGGGCAAAGGAGGUUUCGGGGAGGUGUGUGCUGUUCAGGUGAAGAACACCGGUCAGAUGUAUGCCUGCAAGAAGUUAUGUAAAAAACGACUGAAAAAGAAGGGUGGUGAAAAAAUGGCACUGUUGGAGAAGAAGAUUUUAGAGAAGGUGAAUAGUCUUUUUCUGGUCAAUUUGGCCUAUGCUUACGAAAGCAAGACCCACCUGUGCCUUGUCAUGACCCUGAUGAAUGGUGGAGACCUCAAGUAUCACAUUUAUAACAUGGGUUAUGAUGGUAAAGGGGUCAACAAAGGCAUCGAGAUGAAGCGCAUCAUCCACUACACAGCGCAGAUCACCACUGGCCUUCUCCAUCUGCAUGACAUGAACAUCAUAUACCGUGACAUGAAGCCAGAAAAUGUGCUGCUGGACAGCCAGGGGCAGUGCCGGCUUUCAGAUUUGGGUCUUGCCAUACAGAUGGCUCCAGAGAAGACCACUACUCAGAUGGCUGGCACUGGACAAUACAUGGCACCGGAGCUCCUCAAUAAAACUCCAUACAGAACAUCUGUGGACUGGUGGGCUCUCGGCUGCAGUAUCUAUGAGAUGGUGGCUGGAUACACACCUUUCAAAGGCCCUGAAAGCACGAAGCAGAAGAUAGAGAAGGAGGAGGUUCAACGCCGCAUCUUACAAGAAGAACCCAAGUGGGAGCACAAGUGCUUUGAUGAUGUCACCAAGGACCUCAUCCAGCAGUUCCUUAAGAAGAAUAUUGAUGAACGCCUGGGCAUGAAGAACAACAAGGAGGAUCCCAGGAAGCAUCCAUGGUUCAAGUCCAUCAACUUCCCACGGCUGGAGGCUGGGUUGAUCGAUCCUCCGUGGGUGCCUAAGCCCAACGUUGUCUACGCUAAGGACACCGAUGACAUUGCAGAGUUCUCUGAGAUUAAAGGCAUUGAAUUUGACAGCAAAGAUGAGAAAUUCUUCAAAGAGUUCAGCACAGGAGCUGUGGCCAUUCAGUGGCAGCAAGAGAUGAUUGACACUGGGCUGUUUGAUGAGCUCAAUGAUCCCAACAGGAAGGAGAGUAUAGCAGGUGGUGAUAACGAUAACAAAUCUGGUACGUGUACAAUGAUGUGAGAAGCCAAACGUGAGUGUGAUGAUCUUUGCUGGUGACAGGAAACAUGUUGGUGUUUUAGUUGUGCUGCACAGUGGCAAACCAAAAUAUUAAGAAUGUCAUGAUGUUUUAUUGAUAAUCAUGUUUCGGGUCCACAUCUUCUGCAGCAGGUUUCUAUACUUUUGAAAUGAUGAUGAGAAUGACUGCGAGGAAUAACUGUCAGUGCUGUCUUCACACAGGAAUACUGUCAGGAUAUAAAGAAACCAUGUAAUGUGCAACACUUACUGUAAAGUCAACUCUGUCCCUGUUAUUUUAUUGACUUGUCAGAGAGAUAUUGAGAGAAUAACACACAUCUGAACAUAUAACAACUGUUUUUAGCACUUUAAAAUUUAGGGACAGCACAUAAAGUGCAACUCUUUCCACCAUUCACCUUUUAUUUUGAUGUAUUCC